AUGAAUUCAAAUCAAACAUCAAUGUUAACUGAUGAAGAGGCUACUCUUUAUGAUCGACAAAUUCGUUUAUGGGGUGCCGAUGCUCAAUUAAAACUUCGUCAAACACGUUUAUUACUUAUUAAUGUCAAUAGUUUAUCAAUAGAAGUAUGUAAAAAUUUAUGUUUAGCUGGUGUCGCUAGUAUAACGGUAUUUGAUAAUACACGUGUUACAUUAGAUGAUAUUAAAGAAAAUUUAACAUUAACAAUGUCAUCAACAGAUAUAAAUGAAUUUAAAUCGGUUUGUACAUGUCGAACUUUACAACAAUUAAAUCCACGUGUGCAAUUAAUAGCUGAAUCAAAUAUGACAAUUGAUCAAAUUGAUGAAAAAUAUAUUGAACAAUUUAAUUAUGUUUGUUUAUUUAAUUAUUAUGAUUUUUCAAUUAUAUCACAUAUUAAUAAACUUUGUCGAGAACAACAACAUAUAGAUGAAAAUGAAAAAAAACAAAUUUAUUUUUUUUGUGCUGCUACAUUCGGAUUAUAUGGAUUUGUAUUUAAAGAUCUUGGUGAUAAAUAUGAUUAUCUUAGUGAAAAUUCAGUUGGAAGUGAAUCAUUAAUAAAAGGUGAAGGAGGUAAUGAAACAAAGAAAAGUGAAAAAAUUACAACUAAAUCGACUCGUAAUUUUAUAACAUUUGACAAAGCAUUAUCUACUGAAUGGAAACCAAAUCGACGACAAGCAACAACACGUUCGGCUAUAAUAACGUAUAAUUUAUUACGUGCUCUUUUGACAUUUUAUGAACAAUAUCAUCGAGCACCUGCAUUAGUUACACAAGAUGUUGAUGUACCAAAUUUUAUGAAAAUUAUUCAUGAAAAAAUAACAUCAUCAACAGCUGCUGCAUCAUCAUCGAAUAGUAUAGAUACUGAAGAAUUUAAUGAAGAAUUAGUCAAGGAUAUUUUAACAGAUAAUAAUGCUGUAGCGUCAAUUGUCGGUGGUAUAAUGAGUCAUGAUAUUGUUAAAGCCAUUUCGAAACAAGAACCUAAAGAUAAUUUUUUCUUUUUCAAUGGAUUAGCAUGUGUUGGAUUAUCAAUACCAAUUGCUUGUUAA